UUUCAGUAGGUUGUACUGUCUGGAAUUUGUAUUUUGAGACAGGGUCUCUCUGUGUCACCCUAACUGUCCUGAAACUCAGUCUAGAUCUGGCUGACCCCUAACUCAGAGACCACCUGCCUCCGCUCCCAAUUUCUGGGAUUAAAGGCCUGCGCCACUAUGGCCAGCUCUGUCUAGAAUUUUUUAAAGCAAAUAUACAGUUACCAAAUCUAAAAAUCUAAACCAGGAGUGGUCUAAUCCCAGCACUGGGGAGGUGGAAGCAGGACGAUCAGGAGUUUGAGGCCAGCCUGAGAUAUAGACUGUUUACAAACAAACAGUACAAAGAAAAUAAAAUUGUACCCUCCCGACAAUUCCUGUAUCAUUUCAGAAGUACUGUAUGCAGAUACAAUAUCCAGUUGUAACUGAUAGUACUGUUACAUCUUGUUCAGCAAACUGUUGUUGUUUUUUAAUAUUUGAGAUUAUGGGCUAUAUCCACUAAGUAGUGUCCCCGUCGGUAGCCUGCCACAGAGGUUUAACAAAUGUUGCCAUUUUGUAUUAACGCCUUGCCCUGGGCUGGUGGGCGCUUUAGGAGCGCUAGGUGACGGCGUUCUUGUGCUCCUAGAUUUGAGGCAGACACUAUACCCACUUUGUGUGUUUGCCUGGGAGCGAUCCUGAAGACCGAGGCUCUGCUUCAGCUGCUCCCUCUCAGCUGUGUCAUCUGACCUGGAUGUGUGGCACUUUUGUUGGUUUUUGAAGACCAGGUCCGUGUCACCCUGGCUGUCCUGCACUCUCUAGACCAGGCUGGCCUUGAACUCACAGAGACCUGCUAGUCCCGGGUGUGUUCCUCUCUGCUCCGGUACAAUGGACUGCUUGUCAUAAUCCCGAGACGCACAAGUGCCGGGAGACGUAGGAAACUAGAGUGCAGACACCUCCCUGGGCUUGGGACAGGAGACGCUAGUCUGUCGACAUAAGGCUCCCCACCCCUCUCCCCGGCCGCGCUGGGGGCGGGGUGGCAAAAUGUUUCUGUGACGUCAGCAUGCGCAGGGCCAGUCCCCCUGCCCGGGAGACGUUAAAUCGUUUGCAAGAGUCGUCAGUCAUUGGUCUGUCCGGCCAUCUGGGCUGUCCCAGCUUUUUAAAGGCGCCGCCUGACGGAACCGAAACCAGGAGUCGAGAAACGAGGUGGGCUAUGAGGUCAUCGCCGGCCUGUGGGGCUUGGGAGUGACGUCACCUCCGGGAAGCCGGCCGGCCGGGCUGAGAGCCCUCCUCUCGCCUCGGCCGCGUGAGGCGCUGCGCGUGCCCCGCGAGGGCCGGGCCCUGCGAAGGUAACCGUGACCGCUUAGUGCGCGCCGCGGCCCGGCAGCGGGGCCGCACCACUCCCCGCCCGCGACCUGGCCGUGGGGGCUCUGAAGUGUGAGGCGGGGGCGAGGAGGCGCCUUUAACCUGGCUCCCAAGAUGGCGGCCCGCUAGUCACGUGCCGCCCGCGGGGCGCGAUUGGCUGGCGCGGCGGCGCGGGGCGGGGCCGGCUCCCGCCGCUACUGUUUGCCUGAGCGUCCCGGCGCGCCCCCGCGAGCCGCCUUCCGCGCCGCGCGCCCCCGCCGCUCCGAAUGUUGUGAAUCAAACGUGGGGCUGGUUCCAUCCGGCCGCCGCGGACAGUUCUUAAAGGGCCAGCCGGCCGGAGCGCCCAGCUGCGUGCUCGCCGCCCUCCGCUCGGGCCCGGGCCGCAGAGGCGGAAGACACUGGCUCGGGAAGGAGCGGGCGCCCCACCGUCCGCACCCCGCGUCGCGAACAAAGGAGCCCGCGUGUAGUCGGACGGCUGCCGGGUUGUGAGCCCCGGCCCAGCCCCUCCCCCUGCCUGCCCCCUGAUGAGACCAUGGGUUCUAGCAGUGACUAAGUGGCCACCCUCUGCCCCUGUGGGUCACUGGCGAUUCUCUACAAGACCUAGCAGCAGUCCAGGCCAGCUCUGGGGAAGCUGCCACCCCGACCAUCACACCUCUCUGUGGUACAGCCUUGGCCACGAGGGGCACCUGGCCAGCCCACCUGCCCAGGAUGAGCACUUACCCUCCCAGCAGCUGCUGCCCCGACCGUCACAACUCUCUGUAGAGGAGCACAGAGCCUCAGCUCCUGCCGGCAGGAGCCCCCGAAUGCUGCACCCAGCCACCCAGCAGAGCCCGUUCAUGGUUGAUCUCCAAGAACAGGUGCACCAGGGACCUGUCCCUCUGUCCUACACAGUCACCACAGUGACUGCCCAAGGCUUCCCCUUGCCUGCAAGCCAACACAUCCCUGGCUGCAGUACCCAGCAGCUCCCAGCAUGCUCCGUGAUGUUCAGUGGGCAGCACUACCCCCUCUGCUGCCUCCCACCUCCGCAGCUGAUCCAGGCGUGCGCCCUGCAGCAGCUCCCUGUGCCCUACCACACCUACCCCCACCUCAUCUCCAGCGACCAGUACAUUCUUCAUGCCCCGCCGGCCCCACCCCCCCAGCCUGCCCACAUGGCACCUCUUGGGCAGUUCGUGUCCCUGCAGACCCAGCACCCUCGAAUGCCCCUGCAGCGGCUGGAGACUGACAUGGACCUUCGAGGAGAUCAGCACCCCUUAGGGAGCUUCACGUACUCCACCUCGGCCACCGGCCCAGCCUUGUCGCCCUCAGUGCCCCUUCACUACCUGCCCCCUGACCCGCUGCACCAGGAGCUGUCCUUCGGUGUGCCAUAUUCGCACAUGGUGCCGAGAAGAGUGAGCACACAACGAUACCGCCUACAGCAGCCGCUGCCGCCGCCGCCACCCCCGCCGCCGCCACCAUCUUACUACCCAAGCUUCCUACCCUACUUCCUCUCAAUGCUGCCAAUGUCGCCCGCCGCCAUGGGCCCCACCAUCAGCCUGGACCUGGACGUGGAUGACGUGGAGAUGGAGAACUACGAGGCUCUCCUGAACCUGGCUGAGCGGCUGGGAGAUGCCAAGCCCCGAGGCCUCAGCAAAGCGGACAUAGAGCAGCUGCCAUCCUACCGCUUCAACCCCGAAGGCCAUCAGUCCGAGCAGACUCUGUGUGUGGUCUGCUUCAGUGACUUCGAGGUGCGCCAGCUGCUCCGAGUCCUCCCCUGCAACCACGAGUUCCAUGCCAAGUGUGUUGACAAGUGGUUGAAGGCCAACCGCACCUGUCCCAUCUGCCGGGCCGAUGCCUCCGAGGUGCCCAGGGAGGCUGAGUGAGGCUCCACAGCCACCCACAAGAACCCUGCCCAAAGCUCCGGAAACGGAUGGGGGGAGGCAGGGAGUAGCCCAGGGAGAACUGUAAGGGAGGGGCCCAGGCUGUCGCAGCAUUCCACCUGCAGCUCCACAGCUGGUGCCAGGGUCAGCCCUGGAGAAGCCCCUGCAAUAAGCCCCUGCAUUUGCCAAGCUCCAAAGACUCCUUCCCCAGUCUGCCUGCCUGCCUGCCCGCCAUGGAGCUGCCUGAGUGGCCCCAGCUCAGUCUGCUUCUUACUCGCCCCUGGGUCCUUCUUCCUGCUGGCUCUGGGAGGCAGGGGUCCAUUCCCCACGUGUGGUGGCUGGUGUGAUCCCCACCCCCCAAGAUGGGCAGAGGAGUAGCCGCCCUGGGUCAGCUGGCCUCUUGUACUGAAGUGAAGUGCCCCUUGUCUGCCCUGUGGUACUGCCAGGUGUGGGGGCAGAUCGCAGCCAGAGACCGUUUCCUAAGCCCCAGGUCCGAGUCCUCCUGCUUGACUGAAGACAGACUUAGGCAGUCAGCGCUGCCUCUGCUGCUGUGCAGUGUGGGUCUGACUCCCCGGGACCCUCACGCCAGGCACAGCGCUCCAGCCCAGCCCCAGGCUGGACAGUGUCCCAGCCAGGCUCCUUGAGCAAACGGGUUGGGGCUCCAGCUGGGUACAUUCUGUUGUGCAGGGCCAGGCUACAAUCUGGGCAUGUCCCUGUGUCCCUGGUGGCCGCCCCGCUACCAGUGACAAUGUCAGACCUGUGCUCGAUCCUCUCCCCCUCUGUCGUUUUGCAUGAAUGUGAGGAACAGCAGUUUUUGUUUAUUCAUUUGGCCCAAAAUUGCGUGUAGGGGGUGUGGCUAUUUAAGAGGUGUUUGGUUUUUGUUACUGUUGUUAUUAUUUUCCCUUUGGUUUAAUAGGAGUGGGCUGGGGCAUAGGGACCAACCGGGACCAAAUGCCCAGGGGGCAGAGUAGGGUCAGGUUGUGCCGCACCAGGCCUCCGUAUGAGUGUGCCGCCGGGACUGCGCUGGGUGGCUGGAAGUCACAGGGCAGAGUUGGGGGUUCUGUGCUCAGCUGAUAACUGCCAUGCACUGUACUGCACAUGUCCCAGAGCCUACCGGGACCGUCUGCUUUUCAGGGCAUUUCCUCUCCAGCCAGGGCCUGGCUCCCACCUGCCUGGGUGAGUCUCCUCCUAGGAAUCCCAUGAGGACAGGGAUCGGGGAGGGCGUGAACCUCCACCUCCGGGCCCUCCUGGCUGACCCCUGCUCUCCAAGGUCUGGAGGAGGUUGAGUUCCCACCCUCCUUUCAGGGCCCGUUCCUUUCCUUUCCUCCCUGCAGCUGGGGCUGCCCCGAGUGAACGAACCGCGUGUGGGGCCGGCACAUCCUAGCAGGCAGCCAUUGGCGCCUGCUGCCUCAGGGAUGCUCCAACCACCCUCGUUCUCACGCAGCAGCCCUGGCCCUGCCUCCCACCCCAGCCUGCCAGGGCCAUCAGCCUGGUCCCACCCACAAGAACCCAAAGUCUUACUGUAUAUAACUCCAGGUGAUGUUUCUAUAUUUAUAGCAGUGUCGAAAAUCCACGUGUUUUACACGGAGAACCACCUUCUCCAACCCCUUCCCUUCCUCACCCCAAAAAAAGGUUUUCCACCCCUUGUGGUUCCUGGGGCAGCAGAAUCGGCCCAUGGAUUGUGUCAGCUGCAGUGAGGAUUCCAACAAGCAGCUACCGGGGAAAUACAAUUUUUUUUUUUUUUUAAUCAUUUAAAAAAAAUUGAAACAAUUACUUCAAUUACUUAGGAUGUUUGUGAUUUGCCGACCUUGCUGUAGAUGCCAUGUUACCAAUGAUUCCCUGUGGUGGGGGCUUGGCGUUGUUUACUCUUUAUUUACCAACUUCUGGCCUAGGCAUGACAGUGGGCACCUUCCCCCAGCACUGCUGGGCCCAGCGCCUGUGUUCUGUGUUAGAAAGGUUUUAUAUAUAUAUAUAUAUAUAUACACACACACACACACACAUAUAAAUAACUACACACACGUAUAUAUAUAUAUAAACACGUGAUUUGGGGGCCCUGUUCCUUGCACAUCUUACAGUUACCUCAUUUUUCCCAUGUAUGUAUCUGAGAAAAUGCUAAUAUAUAGAGAAAAAUGGUUCUUAAAGCUGAAAUGUGGUUUUCCAUCCCAUUGGACUCACGUUGGUUUGUAGCAUCUAACGUAACUAGUAUGUUGUAUUAUAUAUGUACACUGAUUGAAAUUUUUAACAGAUUUGUACUUUUUUUAAAAUGAAAGUUGCUAGUUCUGCUUGACCAAGUAGUGCAAUCAUUAUUUUUUUUAAUAUUGUUGCUGAUUUCAGAGGGAUAUUCACUAAUAAAUGUAUGAUGUAUACCAGUGCUGCCCAA